GAAUGUAGCGAUCAGUGAAUUACAAGUGUAAAUAAUCUGAACGCCCAACCGCCAGCGUGGGCUGGGCUUAGGACGAAAAAAAGAAACUCGUUAAAAUAGCGGCUUAAAAAGAAAAGCGCUGAAACGGGAAGGCUCCGCGGUAUCGGUUUUUCGCGUGCGGGCGGUUCGCUGGGCGGGGCCGGGUAGUAGCGCGCCGGCAGUCGGCCCGAACGGACGUGCGUCGGCUCAUUGACGGUCUUGGCCGCACCGUGCACAUGUUGAGUGAUAUUUCGGCAUGUCGAUGUCGUCGUGAAUUGUAACAAGAUGGACUUUCAAAGUGCAAUGGAGACGUUCGCCGAGGCGUGGGCAGCAGCCAACACGGUCAAGUCGGAGGCGCCGAGCGACCUAUCACAGACUCUAGUUGCGGAACUCCGGCGCAGCAAGACCCCCCCUCGGAGGUCCCCGGAGGAGCGCGCGGUGCACCGCCCCCCCUCCGCGCCAGUCCACCAUGAGAGGGCGCCACACACCCCCCACCUUUCGCCAAAGAAGGAGGCGUUCAACAAUCUCCUCAACAAAGGCAUUUCUGGCAAAACCUUGCCAGUCCACUGCGUGGUGGAAGCUGUGUCGACGUUAGAGGACGGCGCGUGGAGACGGCGCUCUGUAGUGGAGACUGACAGCUACGUCAUCAUCCCAGCCACCACGCCCUUCCAGGAGCUGGUGCCUGCCGCCAUGAUGAGGCUGGGCUACCCACACGAGCUGGCUGCUUCUGCCAAAGGUGCAGUGGUCAUCAACAACUGGAAGCCUCUGCCUUUCGAGCGGAUCUCAGAUGGUCCUCUAGCCACUGUUGGAGAAGUCCUUGGCGAACUGACUACCGUGGCAACCCUGCGCAUACAACUCCUGAGACCCAGGCCUACUCCACUGCAGGAUAUCAAGGAUAAACUGCUCAGACUUCUUCUGGUUCAGAGCAGACCACUGCUGAUAUCUACUGGAUGUCCAUUGGAUGAGGUGACUUUAGCUCAGAUAUGCAGAGGACAAGAUAGGACACCGGGCCCUCCGAAUUACCAUGAGCCAUCUGAAGAUAUGCGUCGAAAAUUUGAGUCCUGGUGGAGUGCACAAGUCUCACCUCGUCCUCCCGCAUUUAGCCCCCGUCGUUAUCCUUCUCCGGGGCCUAAAAAUCGUUCACCGACAUUGAACCCAAUACCAGAUCACUUACAUCCAGCCCUGCAAACUGUUCAAAGCCAAUAUCCGACCCAGAAGACUAGAAUGCGAACAAGCUUUGACCCCGAGUUAGAACUACCAAAACUACAGCGGUGGUUUUCUGAGAACCAACAUCCAAGUCGGCAGCAGAUACAGCAGUACGUUCGAGAAUUGAACAACCUAGAAUCGAGGAGAGGCAGAAAACCUCUAGAUGUGAAUAAUGUGGUUUAUUGGUUUAAAAACGCUCGGGCUGCACAAAAACGAGCCGAACUUCGCAAUAUUGGGGGGCUUGGGUGCCAUUUAGGUAUGAAUGGUUUCAAUAGUAGGAGUCACAGCCCAACAAAUGGAUCUCUGAUGGCGGGAAACGACAGCUACGCAUCGCAAGAUCACAACUCCUUGAAAAGUCCUUUACAACUUUCUGGAAGCCCUGGUAGAUAUCCCAUGUCAGUGAUGUCUGAAGAUAAUCUGUCUAAUGGUGGAUCUGAUUUAGAAGAUGAUGGUGGCGAAUUAAACCCAGACGAUAGACCUGAAAGUCCUGAUGCUCCACUUUCCCUGAUCACAACUAAGAAAAAUAAUAAUGAAGGAGAAGACAGAACUCACGAAGAAUCGCCGAAACCACCAGAUAUAAUCAAGGUACACGAUAUAAAACAAGAGCCUCGAGACUUGAGCAAACCCGAGCAGGCAAAUUCUCCUCAUCGUUCACCUGCAAAAAAUAGUGACAGUUCCAACAACAACAACAAUAACAACAACAACGAAGAAGAAAACGGCGUUGCUGAUGAACCUGACGUUUCUGACGAUGAAGUCCAAGAAAGAUAUCAGCAUACAUCCCCUCAUCUAGACCGUCUACCUUUUCCCAUGGUGCCGAACCAUUCCAUGUUCGGACCUGGAAUUAUGUACAUGAGUCAAUAUAUGACUGGCUUCCACGGCGUCGGAGCAGUUCCAGGAGAAGGUGCCAGUGGUCUAAACUUAGCUCUCGCUGGAGCUUCGGAUGAGCGUCGGAAACGCAACCGCACUUUCAUUGACCCAGUGUCAGAAGUUCCCGUUCUAGAACAAUGGUUUUCGAUGAACACACACCCAUCUCACAACCUUAUACUCAAAUACACAGAAGAGCUGAACAGGAUGCCGUACAGGCAGAAGUUUCCGAGACUUGAAUCAAAGAACGUGCAGUUUUGGUUCAAAAACCGCCGGGCAAAAUGCAAGAGGUUGAAGAUGUCUUUAUACGAACCUUCAUCGCCAUCUCACUACUCCCAUCCUGGACAUCACGCCAUGGCUGAAAGGAAACUGGUUUGAACUAGUUCAGACUAUAUUUGGAAGCAAUAUGAACGAAUAAUGAUGUGAACUUCGUGUGUGUCACAAAGUAUCACGAAAGACUGAUUUCGAAUCGUAUAAUGGUGUUUAGUGCCAUGUUAGUAUUAAUAUGACAGCGUGUCAUUUUACAUUUUACUGUUCGUAUUUUCCAGGACUUAGGAAUCGCUCUUUUAGGAGUCUCUCCAAAGUGACAGUUGUUAGGUCGUAGACUUAAGACGUAUUAUAAUUUAGAGCAGUGAUCACAUCGUUUUAUUGUAUCUACAAUUCUCAAUUUGUGAAUGAAUCUCAGAACUUCUAUGUAUAUAUAUGGAUUUUACUCAAUUUUAUUUAUUUAUCUGUGUCUAAAAUAAUAUUAUUAAUAACUUAUCUAUGCAAUUUUGAUAGAUACUCAUAAUAGUUCCACUUAGACUUAUAGGUCGAUGUUUAGAUUGAUGUUAUUAUUAUAAUGUACAUUAUAGGUAUAUGUAAUUAAUGAAGUCAUAGUUAUAUUGAUAUUAUUGCACAUAUAUUAGAAAAUUUAACUCUAGAAAGAAUCGGCCUAAACUAUUAGGUGGUCGAGGUAGAUUACGCACACUACUUUUUGUUUAGGAAAUACUUCCUCAAUCCAAAGAUUGGUUAGUGUUAUAGAAUAUUGUAAGAUAUAACAAACAGCUCACAUUAAUAUCUUUUAUUAUGAUGUGUUACUUUGUAAUUACAUUGUUAUUUACCAAAAUUUUAAAUACAUUAUAGCCUGACUAUUUACACUGUUUAUAAUUUUUUGUUUACAUUUACCAUAAUCUGAAAUAGUAUGAUUUUGUUUAAAAUUUGAACAAAAUAUUAUUUGACCUAAAAUAUUUUUAGGUCUUAUGAAAAUCCUAUUCUGUUUGAAUAUAAUAUUUGUUAUAUUUAUAAUCGCAUUGUAACACAUCGCUCAACCAAUGUCAAGUUCAGUAUUGAAGCAUUUAUUUUUGAGGCUGUAUGUCACACUGUAUAUCACAAACAAUUGUUUUAUAGUUUUAAAACGCAUAGUUGUAUCCCUUGAUUGUUUUCGUUGUACGUUACUAUGCUUGUUUUGUGGAGCUGUGAUGAAUUUUCCAAAUAUUGUAAAUAUUCUAUUAUAAUGUUAAUAAGGUUUAUGUAUGACGUCACUAGGCUCACGAAAAACGGCAUUUACCGCUUUAGGUAAUAAAAUAUUGGCUAAAUGUUUAUUCGAUUCAAUUAUAUAAACGGAAAAUCUAAUUGAAUAUAAUAUCAAACAUA